UGCAGUGGGGCCUCAGUCGCCACGGUAACAGGCGCUGAGCCGGUGUGUCACCAUGCGCGCCCGGGUCGCGCGGGCCGCUUGGGCCUGGGGCUGGAGUGUCUGCUGCCGUCGCGGCGUCUCUAACUUCCCGGUACCUCCGCCGAGCGCGGUGGACGUGGCAGAGCUGCUACGAGGCGCGACGACAGCGGAGGAGCAGCCCUGGGCGGCGGCGGCGCGACGGGCGCCCGGCCAGUGCUCGGUGCUGCUCUUCCCGGGCCAGGGCAGCCAAGUGGUGGGCAUGGGCCGCGGUCUGCUCGGCUACCCGCGCGUCCGCGAGCUCUACGACGCCGCGCAGCGCGUGCUGGGCUACGACCUGCUGGAGCUGAGCCUGCAGGGGCCGCAGGAGGACCUGGACCGCACGGUGCACUGCCAGCCCGCUGUCUUCGUGGCUUCGCUGGCCGCUGUCGAGAAGCUCCAUCACCUGCAGCCCGCGGUUAUUGAAAAUUGUAUUGCUGCUGCUGGAUUCAGUGUAGGAGAAUUUGCAGCCCUAGUGUUUGCUGGAGCCAUGGAAUUUUCUGAAGGUCUGUAUGCAGUGAAGGUUCGAGCUGAGGCCAUGCAGGAAGCUUCAGAAGCUGUUCCCAGUGGGAUGUUAUCUGUCCUCGGCCAGCCUCGGUCCAAGUUCGACUUUGCCUGUCUGGAAGCCCAGAAGCACUGCAAGUCAUUGGGCAUAGAGAGUCCUGUGUGUGAGGUGGCCAACUAUCUCUUUCCUGAUUGCAGGGUGAUUUCAGGACACCUAGAGGCCCUGCGGUUUCUCCAGAAGAAUUCCUCCAGAAGCAGCGCGCAGCGCACCCGCCCUGGAUCCUGGGGGCUACCCCAAGCGCCCAGCUACGCGGCCCUCCGCACCGAGGGGGGCCUGCUCACCCUGCGCUGGGCCAGGGGCCACGGGGAGGCGGCUGGGAGACCCUGGAGGGAGGAGAAAUCCGGAGUUCCAGGUCGGACAGAACAAUGA